AUGAACCAUGUUCGGAGAGCAAGCACACCUGGUCUCACUGGCGCUACCGUGACGGCAGGAGCUAUCGAGGUCUUUGGCUCGGCUGCACAUAUGACCGACGAGGAGAACAAGGAAGGAGAUGCCCGAUGGAAGGAGUACACGCUGGAAGAGGUGGCGGAUCAUGAUGGAAGUGGCAAGGAGAAUGGUGGUCGGAUCUGGGUCACAUACGGCACGCGAGUCUUUGACAUCACCGACUUUGUCCCGGCUCAUCCCGGUGGAGAGGUCAUUCUCAAGGCCGCCGGUGGCGCAAUCGAUCCCUUCUGGGCGCUCUACGAGCAGCACAAGACCGAAGCGGUGCUGGACAUUCUGAACUCACUGCAGAUCGGCGUGCUUACUGCCGACGAUGCCGCGGCGGUUGAAGCCAAGGCCGCCAAAACCGCCGCAACGACAGACUCGCCUUACGCCAACGAGCCGGAUCGGUCGCCGCUGCUGGUUGUCCGCAAGGAGCAGCCCUUCAACGCCGAGACUCCUUUGGACCUUGUUGCCGGCCACUUUCUUACUCCGGCCAUGCUCUGGUACUGCCGGUCGCACCAUCCGAUUCCGGACCUCCCGCCGCCCGACUACACGCUCACUGUGGUGGUGCCUGGCGCUACCGAGGCCGAUGCUGAGCGCGAGGUUGUGUUUACCCUCGACGAGCUCAAGGCGCUGGCGGCGCGCAAGGCCGUGGUCACAGUGGCGUGCGCUGGAAACCGGCGCGGUGGGCUCGGCGAGGGCACGCAGGGCCUCGCGUGGGACAUUGGUGCCAUUUCGACCGGCGAGUUUGCCGGUGCGGCGCUACCUGCCCUUCUCCGCGAGGCCGGGCUGGAUCUCGACGAGGUUGCGGCCUUUGACGGCAAGUACCAUCUGCAGGUGUUCGGGCACGACGCGCCGUACGAUGCGUCGCUUCCGCUCCAUCGGGUCCUUGCUCCGCUCAACGACGUCAUGCUCGCCUACGAGCUCAAUGGCGAGCCGCUGCCGCGUGACCACGGCGCGCCUGUGCGGUUUGUGGCGCCUGGAGUGUGUGGCGCCCGGCAGGUCAAGUGGGUCACCCGCAUCCGCGUCGCUCGCGAGCCGGCGUACUCGUCGUGGCAGCGCGGCGUGGCGUACCGCGGCUACGGGCCGCUCGUCUCGUCGUUUGACGGCCUCGACGUCGACUCUGCGCUCCCGGUCUACGAGCUCCCGGUCACAUCGGCCAUCACCAAGGCCGAGCACUCGCCCGACGACCAGACUGUCAGCCUGCAGGGCUUUGCCUACUCGGGCGGCGGCCGCGGCAUCGUCCGGGUCGAGGUCUCGGUCGACAAUGGCGAGAGCUGGCAGCUUGCGCAGCUCACCCACGGCGCCGACCAGCACCCCGACCGCGCCUGGGCAUGGACGCUGUGGGAAGCCGAGCUCGAGGUUUCGCCCGACAACACUGCGCCCGUCGCCGUUGUUCGCGCCGUAGACGCUGCCUACAACUCGCAGCCCAAGGAUGCCCAGGACGUGUUCAACCUCCGCGGCAUCCUCAACAACUCGUGGCAUCGCCUCGUUUUGUAGUCUUGUUACUUACAGCUGGACCAAUGACGUAAAUGCGUCCACCAC